UUUAUCUCUUACUGUGCAUAUCUUGGAAAGACCUUUCUCUCUCUUUCUCUGUCUUAUCAUAUUUUUAUUUUCUUUCUAUUUUUUAUAUAAAUUUUGGGCUUUUUUCUCAAAAGUCUCUUCAACUCAGAGAAGCUUUUUCUUGAGCAAAGUCCAAAGCAUGCAGACAACGAGAUAACAGUUGCCCAAAAACUAGGGUUCCCGUUUUUUCAACUCCCUUACCGCUGUUUCGACCUGUUUUUCAGGUUCUAUCUAGAGAGAGAAAGCUAGGGAAAGAGAGAGAGGGAUAGAGAACGAAGAGCUAAGCACAAGAUUUUUCAUUUGCAAAAAAAAAAAAUUGAAGAAAGUUUUGCUUGCUUGCCUUCUUUCUCUUUCUUUCUCUCCAAAGCAAACACUUCUUUUUCCUUCUGCAGAGAGGGAGUUGGAGACAUUUGGGGUCCGAACCAGUUGUCUCCUCUAUCCUCUCUCCGACUUUUUUUUUUCUUUUUAUAUAUUUUUCCUGGUUUUUUUGUUUGUUCAAGAAAACAAAAAAUAAUGGAGAAACCCAUUUCGAUUUGCGACAUGAAUUUUUAGUUUGGAAUUCUGGGUAGUUGAAACUCUUGAGCAAUUUACGUGGUCGAAGUCCGAGUUAUGGCUCGGGAAUAGAGCUUAAACCAGUCAGUCAAUAAUAGUGUGUAUCUGUACAUUUUGUAAAGAGAAGAGAGAAAGAGAAAAAUAUAAGGAAGAAAACUCUAGAUACUCAAGUCGAGUGAGUAAGAGUUGUAGUAGAUAAAAAGGAAGCAAAAAAAAAAAAAAUUGUGUUUGGCAAGUGGGAAAAUUUUAAGGACGAGUAAAAGAGAAAGGAAAAAACUAAGGGGGGCUUUCUUUGAUGAGUUUUGGAGGAUUCCUUGACAAUAGUACUAGUACUAGUGGUGGCGGUGCAAGAUUAGUGGCAGAAAUUCCUUACAGUAGUACAAGCAACGACAACAUCGGCAACGGAAACGACAACAACCACAUCAUGCCCUCUACUGCUAUUGCUCAGCCAAGACUCAUUACUCAGUCCCUAACCAAAUCAAUGUUCAACUCUCCCGGACUCUCUCUCGCUCUUCAAACUAAUAGAGAUGGACAGGGAGAUAUGAUCAGAAACAUGGCCGAGAGUUUCGAGCCCGGCAGUGGCCGUAGAAGCCGAGACGAAGAACACGAAAGCAGAUCUGGGAGUGAUAACAUGGACGGUGGCUCUGGCGACGAUCAGGACGCUACCGACAAGCCUCCGAGGAAAAAACGUUACCACCGACACACUCCUCAGCAAAUCCAAGAACUUGAAGCUCUGUUCAAGGAGUGUCCUCAUCCGGAUGAAAAGCAAAGACUGGAGCUCAGCAAAAGGCUUUGCCUAGAGACUAGGCAAGUCAAAUUUUGGUUUCAAAAUCGCCGAACCCAAAUGAAGACCCAACUCGAACGACACGAGAACUCGCUGCUUAGGCAAGAAAACGACAAGCUCCGAGCGGAGAAUAUGUCGAUCAGAGACGCCAUGAGAAACCCCAUGUGCACAAACUGUGGUGGCCCAGCAAUCAUCGGCGAAAUAUCGCUAGAAGAACAGCAUCUCAGGAUCGAAAACGCCCGCCUUAAAGACGAGCUAGAGCGGGUUUGUUCUCUUGCCGGUAAGUUUCUCGGUCGACCCAUUUCGGCCUUGGCGACUUCCAUGGCUCCUCCAUUGCCAAGUUCAGCUCUGGAGCUCGGAGUUGGGAGUAAUGGCUUUGGUGGAUUAACGUCAGUCACUACCACAAUGCCCGAUUUUGGAAUUUCGUCAAACACUUUGGCCGUCCUUCCUCAGUCAAGGUCUCAAGGCGGCGUCCAAGUUCUCGACCGUUCGAUUGAGAGGUCGAUGUAUCUAGAACUGGCCUUGGCAGCAAUGGACGAACUAGUUAAAAUGGCCCAAACGGAAGAGCCCCUUUGGAUCAAGAGCUAUGAAGGAGGAAGAGAUGUACUUAACCAGGAGGAAUACAUGAGGAGUUUCAACCCUUGCAUUGGCAUGAAACCUAGUGGGUUCGUCACCGAUGCUUCUAGAGAAUCGGGUAUUGUCAUCAUCAACAGUUUAGCCCUAGUCGAGACUUUAAUGGAAUCGAGCCGUUGGGCGGAGAUGUUCCCUUGUGUGAUAGCUAGAACCUCCACCACUGAUGUGAUCUCUAGUGGUAUGGGAGGAACCAGAAAUGGUGCACUUCAACUGAUGCAUGCUGAACUACAAGUCCUCUCUCCUUUGGUUCCUGUCCGUGAAGUGAACUUUCUCCGGUUCUGUAAGCAGCAUGCCGAGGGGGUUUGGGCCGUGGUGGAUGUGUCCAUCGACACCAUAAGAGAUAAUUCUUCUGGCCCCCCCUCGUUCAUCAACUGUAGGAGGCUUCCUUCUGGGUGUGUUGUUCAAGAUAUGCCUAGCGGCUACUCUAAGGUUACAUGGGUGGAGCAUGCAGAAUACGAUGAGAGCCAAGUCCACCAACUUUACCGGCCAUUAUUGAGUUCCGGAAUGGGGUUCGGCGCCCAGCGGUGGGUUGCCACCCUUCAGCGCCAGUGCGAGUGUCUCGCCAUUCUCAUGUCCUCAACCGUCCCCACCCGUGACCACACUGGAAUAACACCAGGCGGGAGACGGAGCAUGCUGAAGCUGGCUCAGCGCAUGACGGACAACUUCUGCGCAGGGGUUUGCGCCUCGACUGUGCACAAAUGGAACAAGUUAAACGCAGGGAACGUGGACGAGGACGUCCGAGUCAUGACCCGGAAGAGCGUUGACGACCCGGGUGAACCCCCGGGCAUUGUACUUAGUGCAGCCACUUCGGUGUGGUUACCGGUGUCUCCUCAGCGCCUCUUUGACUUCCUCCGCGACGAAAGCCUUCGGAGCGAGUGGGACAUACUUUCCAAUGGUGGGCCCAUGCAGGAGAUGGCUCAUAUUGCUAAAGGCCAGAAUCACGGCAAUUGCGUCUCCCUUCUCAGAGCCAGCGCUAUGAACACAAACCAGAGCAGCAUGCUGAUUCUGCAGGAGACUUGCAUUGACGAGGCUGGAUCGCUUGUUGUGUACGCGCCUGUUGAUAUCCCCGCCAUGCACGUGGUGAUGAACGGUGGCGAUUCGGCCUACGUGGCGCUUCUUCCCUCUGGCUUCGCUAUCGUCCCUGAUGGGCCGGGUUCCCGGGGGCCCAAUAUGGGGCCGACAGCGAACGGUGGCGGUAAUAACAACAAUGGUGGUAGCGGCAGUAACGGUAACGGCGGUGAUGGGUCCCACAGAGUGGGUGGGUCUCUUUUAACGGUGGCGUUUCAAAUUCUGGUCAACAGUCUACCAACGGCGAAGCUCACGGUUGAGUCGGUGGAAACCGUCAACAACCUUAUAUCCUGUACGGUUCAGAAGAUCAAGGCAGCUCUUCAGUGCGAGAGUUGAUACCGCGGUCACGUGAGUCUCACGUGAUUGGACCUCGCUAGUCAUAUAUAUUUAUUUUUUCUUUAAUUAAAUUAAUUAACAUUGACUUGUGUGUAUGGUAGGGGUGGGGAGGGGUGAUAUUAGUUGGGUGUUUUGUGUGUUUUUGGAGUGAGCAAGUUUAGACUCAUUUCGGUGAGUUUGAGGGUUGUUGAGUCAAGAACGAACCCCGCGUUGUGACUCAUCCUUGCAUGGUGGUAAGAAGAACUACGCACGACCGACGGAGUUUGAUUGAUUUGAAACCAGUCGCUCGUUGCGGGUGAGUUUUCUUAACACAAGGCAAGGGUGGUGGUUCGGGUAUUGACUCUGGUCAACCCUGGAGUUGGCUCAAGUAGCAUUUAACAAGAAGGUUGAAAAUAUUUCCCAUGAAAAAAAAAAGAAAAGAAAAUCUGCAUUCUUAAUUUAAUUUGAUUAUUUCAUGCAUUUUCUUUUUUUUUUCUUUUUGUAACGUGUAUUUCUCUAAUCUCGAUAUUCCAUGUCAUUUGUAUUAUCAGUUCGAAUAUAAUAAAUAAUAAGGCGUCCGUAGUUUUUUUUGAA